UGGCCAGUGACUGAUAUUGAAAUCGUUUGUUUGCUGCUUCUCCCAUCUGCCUCUUCUCAUUAUCAACCAGACACAUUCUCUCUCACCGUCUCGUCUUCCCAACCCAGAAAGUAUUUGACCACGAUAUUACUCCCAAUUCGUGCACCUCCAUAUCGUCUACCCUAAACCUCUGAUCCUCCCUCGACGAUUCCUUCACUUCAUCGAUCUGAUCCCAUUGGGAGCAUCACCUUGCACAUCUUCUUCUCGAUGGAUGAAGCAAUUGCCACAUUGAUCUCAGUUGCCGGUGCCACUCCAGAGCUAGCGGCGCAAUAUGCGCAGUUAGCAGAUGGUGAUGCUAACCAGGCAGUACAGCUCUGGUUUGAGAAUGGUGGCGUGGACUUGUCCGGAGGAAACAUUACAUCGCAACCCCCUCCUCAAACAACCUCAAAUCAAGCCGGCAGCCCCUCACACCCUAUAGCCCUCGAUGAUGACGAUGAUAGUGCAGGUGACGCCAAUGACCCUGUAGUCACUGGUGUCAAUACCUCUACAAGACCAAACGAGCCACCACACUCCUCAGCACCUGUUGACUUUGAAGAUGACGAAGCAAUGGCGCGACGUCUGCAAGAAGAAAUGUAUGGAGAGGGGGCCACUCAAGAACCACGAGCUCCAAUCGCUCGCCAGGCAGAGACGUUAGUUGGUCCUGGAUCAGACCCAUUUUCCAUGCGUGGGAUGGGGUAUGAAGAUGCAGUGCAAGAGCGACUUCGAGGUUUCCAGACACGACGUACUCAGCGAUCGAAUGUCCCAGGCAUUUUUAAUCAGCACCAGCCCUCCAGUAUUUGGGAACGAGACAGUAUCGAUAACUCUCAGAUUCUCGCCGAGUCGACCGGAGGCGAGUCCGAAUCGACGACAAGAACGAACCGGCUGGCAAGACUAUUUCAACCGCCGUGGGAUUUGAUGUUCAAAGGCGAGUGGGAAGAUGCCAGAGACGAGGGCAAAGAGCAUAAGAAAUGGCUCCUGGUGGAUAUUCAAAACAACAGAGUCUUUGACUGUCAAGCAUUGAACCGUGAUCUGUGGAAGAACGAGGGAAUUGUGGAGACGGUCAAGGAGAACUUUGUCUUCUUGCAAUACAACAAGGAUGACCCGAGGGCCAGCCAAUACAUUCAAUAUUACUUUCAGGGCUAUGAAAACGAGGACGAAUACCCACACGUUGCUAUUGUGGACCCAAGAACUGGUGAGCAAAUCAAGUUGUGGUCUCGCAAAGUCCCUUCCCCAGCAGAAUUCUUGAUGCAACUGCACGAAUUCUUGGACCGAUACAGUCUCGACAACAGCGCGCGGAAUCCGGUGGCCAAGCGAAAGUCUGAAAUCAAGAAGGAGAAACCUAUCGAUCAAUUGUCGGAAGAAGAAAUGUUGGAGAGAGCCUUACAAGCUAGUCUAGCGGGGGCUUCUCAAGACUUUGGGGGAGCCGCUCAGGCCAAGCAAGCACCAGCAGAAGACCCCGAUGACUUGACGCGAAGCAUCGGCGAUGUGAGGAAGGAAGCCAUGGCUAACUCAGAGAGCAUGGACAUUGACAGCAGCACUGCACCAACAGAACUACAAGAGACAAGUGCAUUUUCGCAAAUUCCAAGCACCAACCCGCAUAUCGAACCUGCCCAAGGUCCAGGUGUGACACGAGUUCAGAUCAGGCACCCAGGAGGCAGGGUGGUGCGACGAUUUACAGAAACCGACGCUGUUCAACGAAUAUAUGAAUUCUUGAAGGCAGAACCGCUGGAAGGUCGAGAAGGCGCCGACUUUGAGCUGAUUUCAAUGGGGAAGAAUCUCAUCGACGACCGGAACUCGACUAUUGCUGAAGCUGGGUUGAAGAAUGGGACCGUAAUGGUGGAGUUCAUUGAAUGAGGCUGGAGCAUGGUCGAGCUACGUGGUCCUAUGUCAUGAUGCAUUGCAGCGGCGUUCCCAUGCAACUCAGGUAGCAUACCCAAGAUUAGACGAAACGUGCCAUACCAUGAUGUGGCACGAGACAGCCCAAGUUGCAACAUGGUACGAGAGAUGUGACUCACGGAAUAAUGAAAGAAAU